UAAAGGAUGACACAAAUAUGUUAAAUAAAAAGUAAGAUUUAUUUUUCUUUCAAGCAGUUCAGGCAUACAAUCAAAAAACGUCAAAAGUUUCUGCAAUCAAGCGCACCUUCUACUUACAUUAUAUAACUGCAUGUGCUUCUGUCCGCCUCUUCUUACCUCUGUGUAUGUCAGAGAAAGAGAGAGAGGGAUAGAGAGAGAGAAAAAAAGAGAUGAGGGGGGAGGGAGGAUUUCUAUUUAAAAGCCAGUGAAAUUUCAGCAGUAGCUACUAAAUUAUCUGAAAAAUGCCUUGCCGUGAUAACCUUCGAUUCUCUGACAUAUUUAUUAGCAUGAGAUGAAAUUUAGGCGGGAGUUGGCUCCCUUGUGUCUCUUAAUCAGCACCAAGGACAGCACCAAGUUGCGCCGGAGCGCUGCGUCAGGUCACCUUUUCAUAACUGAAGGCUUAGAAAAUCUCAGAGCAACAAACACAAGCUGAUCCUCAGAACAAGCUCAACAAUCUGACAAGAAGCUCUUAUUCAUUCAUUUAUUUAUUUUCACCUGUUUGUAAUUUCAUCAUUUUAGAGUUUAGACAUGUAGCCAGCAUGACGCUCACGCCGAGGACUUUAUCGUUUCCCAAGUCACGAAGUUGGAUCAGAGAAUGACUUUACUGAAGAUUUUCGGGAAUAAAAAAAUAAAAUGUCUGGGGAAUUGACGGACAUCAACGGUGAGGUCGGGACUGCUCACGCUGCCUCCGCCAACUUCAGCUGCGUUUCCAAUACUUCGAACUGCUCGCGCGCGGACUUCCACAUGUCGGACUUCGCUAAAACCGAUUUCGUCGGAGACGGCGCCGCUUUUGUCAGGAUUACAAUCUCUGUGAUCUACUCUCUGGUGUGCGCGCUGGGUCUGGUCGGGAACUUGCUGGUUUUGUACCUGAUGAAGUCCAAACAGGUGUGGAAGAAAUCCUCCAUCAACCUGUUCGUAACUAGUUUGGCGGUGACCGACUUCCAGUUCGUUCUGACUUUGCCUUUCUGGGCCGUGGAGAACGCGCUGGACUUCACAUGGCCCUUCGGCAAAGCCAUGUGUAAGAUAGUUUCCUACGUGACGGCGAUGAACAUGUACGCCAGCGUGUUUUUCCUCACGGCCAUGAGUGUGGCGAGGUAUUGCUCCCUCGCCUCGGCGCUAAAAGGCAGGCGGCGGCGCACGCGCUGCUGCUCGGCGCGGUGCGUCUCCGUCUUCAUCUGGUUCGCCGCCGUCUCCGCCGCCCUGCCGCACGCGGUUUACUCCACCACCGCCACCGUAUCCAACGAGGACCUGUGCCUGGUGAAAUUCCCGGAGACGAACGGGUCAGCGCAAUUUUGGCUCGGACUCUAUCACUCCCAGAAAGUGCUGGUGGGCUUCCUGGUGCCUCUGGGAGUCAUCUCGGCGUGCUACCUGCUGCUUUUGCGCUUCAUCACCUCCAAGAACAUUAACACCUCCAGCGCGAAACGACGCGCCAAGGUCACGAGGUCGGUCACCAUCGUGGUUUUAUCCUUUUUCCUCUGCUGGCUGCCCAACCAGGCGCUCACAGCCUGGGGCAUCCUCAUAAAACUUAACGCUGUUCACUUCACGUAUGAGUACUACACCAUGCAGGUGUACGUCUUCCCCGUGUCGGUCUGCCUGGCGCACUCCAACAGCUGCCUGAACCCCAUCCUGUACUGUCUGAUGCGGCGGGAGUUCAGAAAAGCGCUCAAAAACCUUUUCUGGCGCAUGACCUCUCCGACUGUAACCACCAUCAGGCCGAUCACAGCCACCACGAAGCCAGAGAUGGACGAGCAGGGACACCCGCUGGUGCCGGCCAACGCGCCACCGGUGCCCGACAUGGUGUUCUUUCCUCCUGGGGCGGUGAUUUACAAUGACCGGCGUGACCUGCCGCAAAACAGCACAUAGUCUAACCACGCCAGGGAUAGUUUAAGGUACGCGGGAAGCUGUUGAUGUGUAUGUAGUUACUGCAAAGCCAAAAUGUUCCACUAAAAAGGCGAGAGGAACUCGAACAGCUGGGGUCAGUUUUGGAUACUGGCCACAUGGCUCUCCACCCAGAGGUGUAUACCCUUGGGGGCAGCAAAAUUAACUCUUGAGGAUGUUCUUGCAUCACUGGCACAUCCGUACUCACAAGUACCACAGUUAAUAAAUCAAUGCUUUUACAGAGGACUAUAUCUCAAAAUAUAAUUUCAAAAGUCUCUGUUCAUCGUAGAACUUUGAUCAUUCUGUGUCUUAGAUUUGAACAAGAGGAAUGAACAGCAUUUCAUAUGUGUCUGCUAUGAUAUGUGUGUUAUUGUCUUAUGUUUGUUUGUUUGUUUUGAUAUGUAAAAAAUAAGUAAAAAAGAAAAAAAAAACAAAGAGUUAAAUGUGAAAGUAAAGUGCAUCAUCAGCAUGUGGCAGAAUUGCUUUCACUUUUCCUACUGAUAUUUAUUAUUGAACACUAUUAUGUAAAAAUGAAUCAACUGAUUGUCACAAUUUGAGGAUGAAGAAAGCCAUAAUGGAGGACUGGUAUUAGUUAACACUGAAGAAAAGAAACAAAAACAAAACAAAACAAAA